UUCUAGCCAAGACAGUUUAGUGCAAACUUCCAGCGUAACCGCAACCGUUCGCCGACAAACACCGACCACAGCGUACCUGAGUUGCAGUGACACCCAACAGCUACACAACAGCAACAGCAUCCACCAUGAACCGCAUCAUCAUUGCCCUCGCCGCCGUGUCGUGCGUCUGCAGCGUCUCGGCUCAGGUUUACCUGAACCAACCGAUCGCGCUGGCACUGCAGCAACCAGCUCCGGCCGUUCGUGAGGCAUCGCUGGCUCACCCCGCGGUAGUGGAGAACGCACUGCACGAGGCACAGUACCCGGAUCAGUUCCGUAACAACUUCUACAAGAACCCGCACAUCGCCGAAGCGCUCGCCAAGCACUCGUGGUUCGGUGAUAAGGAGAUGCCGGUGUUUGAGCGCGAAGCCGACAAGAUCCCACGCGAUCGUAUUGUGAAGAUCUUCAAGAAUGCCGGAUUUGUCCGCAGGCGUUAAACCCCGUACGAAUGGCGGUGAUCAGUUCAAUGAUCAUCAUCAUCAUCAUCAUCAUCACCAUCGUCGUCGUCGUCGGGGGUACGGUGACACAAUUUCGUUCCAGCUCCAGCCCAAGGACUUACGCAUCUCGAAUUCUACUGCUCGACAGCCCUGUGUAUGUGUGUUCCUGAAGCAUUUGCUUCGGCACUUGUUUCACUCGAGAACACUUGUGAUUGUGAUGUGUACAUAGUCGUUAAUUUAUUGUGCCAAUAAAGUAUUUAUUACGAGA